AUUUGACCUUGAUAGACAGUCAAUUCGCACAAUCGAAUCCUACUUCGUCCAUGUCGAUUCUGGCAUACAUCCAUGUGACUCUUGCGGGCAUGAAGCGGCAGAUCCCGGCCCCCGUCGCAACCUUUGGCUCCCAUAGCCCUAGCACGUACACUGGCGCGUUGGUGCACGUUGUCCCGGCGACGGCAUUCCCGUCGAUCCAAAACGCAUCUGCCCUGCGGGGGCGCAUCGCCGUGGUCCAACGUGGUGACUGCUCGUUCGCGGCAAAGGCCAAGAGCAUUCAAGCCGCUGGUGCUAUCGGCAUGAUUCUUACAAACUCCAGCGAGGAGCUCGUGCGGAUGGGUGAAGCUUUCGAACGUGAAGGCGCGGGUGUGGACAUUCCUGUGCUCAUGGUCGGGCAGGUCAUGGGCAAGUCGCUUCGCGAUGGCACCCAGGUGGUCUUGGAAGUCAAGCACGAGCUAGCCAAGUCAUUUUUACAAGCUGGUGUCGAAGCUGUCAAGAAAACUGUUGAACACACAAACGGAGUCGUCCAAGCUGGCGUAGAUGUCGUCAAGAAGAGUGUUGAAGGGUACACAAAAGACCCCGAGAUCGUGCAUUUCUUGGCCCCGUCAAUCUCAUCCGCCAUCGAACCCCAUUCCCACGUAUCUUCCAAGCCAUCGUCUCCACUCCCGCCGCUCUUUGCCUUUGUCCUGUAUGCCACGUCAGCCGACGAAUUCCACGUGCAGUUUGCACCCCUUGCCGACUUUGGACUUCGACACCGCAAGAAACUGUACUUUCGAAGCCGCCUCGUCACAGCCAGUCCCCGCACCGCGCAUCCUUCCGUGGCCAACAAGCCCGAGUUUGCCGGCGCCAUCGCAUUUGUCGACCGCGGGGGGUGCACAUUCCCCGAAAAGAUCGAACGGCUGCAGCAAGCCGGUGCGAUUGCUGUCAUCGUUGCCAACAAUGACGUGGCCAACCCUACAUCCGCCUUCGUCAUGAGCGUGGACCAGAUGGCGGUGGAUCACAUCACGAUCCCGUCUGUGAUGCUGCCGUACUCCGUCGCACAGCACGUCACCACCAACCCCCCCGACCGUGUGGGGAUCGUAUGCCUCGAUGGCACCGCCGCCGGCGUCCUCCUGGCCAACGACACGACGACGUACUCCCUUUGGUCCCCUCCCCCUUCGUCGGCGUCUUUGCCGCCGCUCUUGCAUGCCGCCCGUCAUGGCCAUACUUCGCAGCUCAUGGCCCUCCUAGAUCAACCUCUCACGUCCCCCCGCCUCACCGACGCCUUCAACGUGUCGGCGCUGCAUUAUGCAUGCAUCGGGGGCUCAGUCGCCGCGGUGGAGCUGCUGCUUGCAGCCGGCGCCCACGUGGACGCUCUCGACCUGGGCUCGCAAACCCCCCUCCACUACGCGUGCAUGACCCCCAGCGUCGGAUGCGUCCAGGCGCUUGUCACGGCCGCCGCGCACACGCUGGCCAUCAACGAAGGCGGCAGCACACCGCUGCACGUGGCGUGCUUUGCAGGCAGCACCGAGUGCAUGGAGGUGCUUCUCACUGCUACUGCCACCACCGACGCGAGUGGCAAGUACGUGUUUCACGGAGUUGACGAUGUCGACAAGAGCGGGCGCACGCCGCUGCAUGUGGCCUGUCGGUACGGCCACGGCGACUGCGCCAUGUACUUGAUGGCGGCGGGGGCCAACGUGAACGUUGUUGACGCCAAAGGAUGGACAGCCAUGCAUUAUGUGUGCGACCGCAUCAACGUCGCCGUCUCGUCCAGCGACGUGUCCGUCAAGGCGGAAUUGCACGUGGUUGAGCAACUUCUGCGACAUGGGGCGACCAUGGUGGACGCCAAGGCGACGGCGGAUGGCACGACAUUGAUACUAGACCGCAUUCGAUCCAAUGCAGUUCGGAGGGACGUGGAACUGCUCUACUUGCGACAGGAGGUUGCGACGCACCGCCGUCAAGCGGGUACGUGGCAGCUGGAGUGGGCGCGCAUGCAAGCCAGCAUGCACCAAGUGGUUCACACGGCCAAGACAGACGCGACCGCCGCCACCCUCGACUUGCAACGCACGGUGGACGCGCAACAGCGGGCGAUUCACCACAUGCAGUGCCAGCUCACGUCUGUGCUCCACAUUUUACAAGGCACAAACCAACCUGGAGCCGCAGCAGGUUCCGUCGACCCCCUCGCCCACAACCACGAAGUCCACAAAACUGAUAUGGAGCGCGCCCAAGAGGCGGCGCUGGCACGAGACCUCGGGCGCAAGUGCAUGCGAGCCAAGCAGUACGCCCUGGCCAAAUCGUACUUUGAAACGUCGUUGCAAUGGUAUGGCCUACCAGGGGUCAGGCGAUUGCUAGACCAAGUCAACGCGCUGCUCGUCGCCCCGUUGUCCGUUGGUGGGGGAGAGAAAUCAGUGUCAACCAGCGUCCUCAUUCGUACCUACCGGAGCAAGUUGCAGACGGCGGGCAUGUCUCAAGAGGCGGUGUCGGCGGUAGAGGCGGAGAUCGCCGCCCUCGAGACCGUCGACCCCACCAGUGCGCAGUUUACUAUGGUCACAGCGUGGCUAGACUGGCUCGUGGGGUUGCCCUGGCACGACCAGGUCCCGAGUUUUGAUUUGUUUCGUCGUGUAAACCAAGCGCAAUGUGAAGACGUGGCCGCCAAACGGAACGCCGCGGCGGUCGUUGUCCAGCGCGCCGUGCGGCAUCACAUAUCGGCUCGUCUGUUUCAUCGGCAAUGGGCGGCCGUGAUCCUUCAAGCGAGGGUGCGUGGAUGGCAGACUCGACGAAAACACCCUAAACGACAGGAGGAUGCUGGUCUGACCUCUGAUCCACUACCGUUGAGAGAUGCUCAAGGCACGACCGCCACCACCACGAAUCAACCGACGGGCAUCAAAGACGUGGAAGUCGACUUUCAAUCGACGGUAGACCCGACGCUAGGCAAACCCACCGCGACCGUCGUGCGCGGCGUGCAGCUGAGGCAAGGUCCGACCAAACGGUACAUUCUGCAGUGGCUGCUAAUACCCGACACGAACGACCAGUACGUGUGGACGCGGUGGAGUACCUCCGACGGCAAGGUCCAGUGCGCGCUCAAAGGGCCGUACGACACGACCUCUGACGACGCCCAGAUGGAGUUUGAAAAGAUUUUCAAGCUCAAGACCCACCACAAAUGGGGUACGUCCUGUGACGACGCCUGCAAAGGCCCCACAAACCAAUGGGCAUACCACCCCCAGCACUACAGCCCCUCCACCACCACCCCUGCCAAUCUGGUCGCGUAGCCACUACUUGAUUAAUUUUAUUAUUAGUGAGUGCAAUACGUAGACAUGGUACUCUGGAGUCUUCUAACGGUCAAGUGUGAUUGAACACAACCUGAAAAAGAAGAAUAUUAUUACGUUGGGUGACAUACGUCGAAAUGAUAACAACACAAAUAUAUUAUUAGAACACAA